AUGAGCAGGACAAAGGGCACUCUCUCCUCCUUCAAAGUCAGCCAGGCUGGGCAAACAGAAAUUGUGAAGAGAGAUGAAUCUGCUGCCAGGGAUGUAAGUCAGGUAGAUGGACUUUCACCCAAAGAAGAGGCAGUUAGAAAGGAAAACUAUGACUUGCCAAAAGAAGUAGGCACUGAUGCUGAAUUGGGGAAAAAAUGUGCUGUGAGUCCAGCCUCAGCAGCAACAUCAGUUCUUUGCUACUUGUCUGGCGGCGAAGAUGUUGACGAUAAAGACCACCAGCAACAGCUGCAGCAUAUCCAAAAGCAUGCUGUUGUACCAGUGCUGGGUGACCCACCUGAAGCACUGUUACGGUUGGACUCCAUGUCCAUGCCUAAUGUCUCUCCAGACAGUGGAAUCCAGUCUAUUGCAGGCUCGCCAUCAGGUAAUGAUUCUCCAGGCUCGGUUACUUCUGUAUCAACUGGAGAACCAAGUGGUGAACCAACAAUGCAGCUUCAGGCCCCACCACAACAGAUCCAUUUUUCAGAGCAGCAACGGCAUGCUGGACAACCUUCACCUUCCCUUCCAGAAGUUGAGUCUGCUACCACUAGUUGUGAGACAAUUCUAGGGGAAGUAGAAUCCAAAUCUCCAGGAAGAAACAUCAGUGAAACAUCUGACAGAGACUCAGAUACAGAAAUGACUGAGAUAACAAUGCCCUUGAAGGCUCCACCAAUGGGAAGAAGAAAGCGUGGUCGUCCACCAAAGAGGAAAAAGUCUCAGUUUCUGCUUCACAAAAAGAGCACAAUUUACAGCAAUAUUUAUUGCAGUGACAAGAAUGUAGCAAACGAGGAAGCAUCCGUUUGUGCAGAAGAUGCUACACCAUUAACUGUAGCAAAGCUAGAGAAGUCUGUAAAUGUAGUUGGCAAGAAAGCCGACAAGUCAGAAGAAGUGGUAGAAUCUCAGGAAAGCUCUUCUCAGAGUAUCUUAGAUGAGCAUCCUGAUUUGUCAGAAUCUCAAAGAUCACCAACUAAAGUGUCAAGUCAUAGUCAGGUUAAUACCUUGCCAGAAGAGCUGUGUUCCUCCGAUUCAAAUCCUGGUAAAGGUCUCAGAGUUUCUGAUGUCAAAAAACGUGGUCGUGGUAGACCAAAGGGGUCAGGAAAGAAGCACUUUUUCACCAAUGUUAAAAAUAGGGUGCAGAAAUCAAAAAACAGACAGAUACAAAGCAGCAGUUCUAGACUCAUUAGAAAAUAUGCCAGAAAAGCUGAAGAAACACUUUUAGCUGCUGGCAGCAGAGAGGAGACACCAAGGCAAUUUUUCACUGAAAAACGGAAGAGGGGACGCCCCAGAAAGAAUGCAUCAGAUCUUGCAGGAAAACUGCAUCAUGAAAGAUGGCUGGCCAAGUCACCUAGACAUGAAUCUAAUGUGCGAAGUGUGAGGGGUGUUGGUGACAGUGAACUGGCUUCCUUGAUUCAGAGCAUUCAGCACUCUAUCCAUUCACAGUUUCAAAGUACUGAUGUAGAUGAAUCAAGUGAGUUUACAAUGGAUAACAGCAAUGAUAUCAGCAUCAUUGAACCAUCUUUGCCAAGUUCACUACCUGUUGAAGCAACUGCAAAAAAGCCUGGCAAAACUGCUCACAAGUUUCGCAAACCAAAGCUUCAUGUCAUGAUGCGCAAUCCUAAACGAAGAAAAAAGAAGCGCUUGCAGCAGCCACAGCCGAAGUCUGAGUCUGAAUUUGAUUCUUCUCUUGUUGCAGCAAAGCCUGUGUCUCUAUUCAGAAAUGCAGUCUCAUUCAAAAACACCUCAUGGCAGCCAACAGGCAUAUUUGGAGCUUCUUACAGUAGAUCUUUAGGAUUUUUUGCCAGAUAUCAACCCUCAAAAAUUUUAAAGGAAAGUUCCUUCAGUCUGCAUUCAAGUAGCCUUACCAGUGCUUUGAGUGCUCAUAGAGAAGACACAUCAGGAGAUGAAGAUAGGGAUGGCAGUGAAGGUAAGAAAAGAAAAAAGAAGAAGAAGCUUCUUUAUUUCAAGUCAAAGCACAGGAAUAUCAUUGACCCAGCAUUUGUGGCGCAGUUAGAAUCCCUUGACUCUAUGAUGGAAGGCAUGACCAUUUCAGAGAAGGCUUACAUAAGAGUUAAACCUGGUGAGGUGCCUUUACCAUCAAUAUUCAAACUUACAAUCAUAGAUGUUAAGAAAAAGAAGAAGGAUCGACUUAUUCUUGAGCCACCAGUGACAUCAGAUAAAACCAAAAAAGCUAAACAACGGAAAGACAGUAGGGACAGGGAACCAGCUAUGCCAGAACUGACUAAAGAAAAGAUGAAAACCAUUCGCAAGAAAAGUCAGUCAGAUGAUAGUCGACCGCCAAAUCUUGAAAUCCAGCUUGCACGGGAACAGUGUCUGCCUCCAAAGAAGAGACACAAGAUGAUGAAAAUGUUUGCUACAGAAGUAAGUGACACACAAAUGACUGUUUUAAGUGAGCCAUACCCACCAGAAAAGCGCAAAGUUGGCCGCCCAAGAAAAAAUCAAGCAUUGGAAUCAACACAGAAAGGAGCCAGCAAUGAAGGCAGCAAACCACUUUGUGACAGAUUUUUGACACCAACUUCUCCUCCGUCCAAAACAUCAAACCGGGAACAAAACCAGCGCUACCAGCCUACAGAGGGUGGACACACCAAAGAUACGUGUUGUGACUUACCUGUUUUUUGUCGAUCCUCCCAUGGAGGAGGUCAGGCCAAAGAAGCAUCAGUGAGAUCAGUAUUAACGUGCCCUCGUCAUUGCUCUUUCAAAUCUUUGUUGGAACUGGCUUCCUGUCCAGAAUGUACCCUUCUUGCAGAGAGCCAGCCUCACACCUCAUCUUUACAUUCACCACGAUCUUACUCAAGGCAGCAAACUUUGCAAGAAUCAGGUUCAACAUCUUCAAAAGCUUCAAAAUUGAAACCUCACCUACCUAGAAAAAAAAAGUUGAAGUUAGUAAAGAAAAUGCCCAAAGGAAAUUUCUCUGAUGGUGCUGGGAUUGAUGCAUUUAGAGAUUUGCCUUCAGCUUCAUCUUCUGUGCAACAUAAGACUACUAAGUGGUUGGGGGCAGAACUUCCCAGUGCAGAGGUUGUGAUCAAUCCACUACCUGUUGCUGCUGUUUCUUCUGUGACAUGUGGUGCAUCUGCAGAUAAAUCGUGCAAUUCUUCCAGCAUGUCAGAAUGUAGUAUUGACAGUGAAUCUGCUGUUAGAACUGUGUGUUCAGAAUAUGAACCAUUACCUUUAGAGCACUGUCUCAAACGAAAACGCAUUCUAGAAGACAUGGCUUCAGCAAGUAAAAGUAAACGCUUUAAGGGAUUGUCCAAAAACAGUGGCUCGUAUGAGGAAGAGUCAUCUAGUGAAGAUAACGGAAGUACAAGUGCAGUUAGCUACACUAGCAAUUCCUCUACAAAAAGAAAUGAUGACUCUCAGCCACCAAGGAAGCGGUACCAGCGCGUAGGACUUUUCUCAGACUUUUACAAGGAUGAUGAACCCAAGAAACGAAGUGAAAACUUGCUGAAAAAUCAAAGCAAAACAACAUAUGUCAAGGGAGAAGAAACAAGUCUUUUGCCACCACCUAUCCAUUUUGGCAAACACUUCCGAGAAACUACAGUUGACUUCCAACUUCCAUAUGACAUAUGGUGGUUGUAUUCCCGUGAACAGUUACCUAAGAGGGAAGAAUCUCGACCCAAAUUCAGAAGAAUACGAACCAAUAUUUAUGUAGAUGUGAAACUUAAAAAGUUUGAGCCUCAUCCAUGCAGCUGCAAAAUGCCAGUUAAUCAGGAGGAGAAAGGUUGCCUUGAUGACUGCCUUAACAGAGUUGUGUUCACGGAAUGCACUGUUGAAACGUGUCCGUGUGGAGAGCAGUGCUCAAAUCAGCGCAUUCAGCGGCACGAGUUUGCACCAGCUCUGGAAAAGUUUGUCACAGAUGACAGGGGUUUCGGUGUUCGAACAUUAAAACCCAUUGUGUCUGGCCAGUUUAUUUUGGAGUACUUAGGAGAAGUGGUCAGUGAACAAGAAUUUAGACGCCGAAUGACUGAGGAAUACUCCAAGGAACGCCACCACUACUGCCUUAAUAUGGAUGGUCGCACUGUCAUUGAUGGCUACAGAAUGGGAAACUUGACCCGCUUCGUCAACCACUCAUGUGAACCCAACUGUGAGAUGCAAAAAUGGAAUGUGAAUGGUCUCUAUCGCAUGGUGCUGCUAGCAUUGCGAGAUAUCAAGCCAUAUGAGGAGAUCAGCUAUGACUACAAUUUCCAUGCUUUCAAUCAGGAAACACAGCAACUUUGUCGGUGUGGGAGCAGUCAGUGUCGUGGAGUGAUUGGCGGCAAAUGGCAGCGCAGUGGGCAGGUCGGACAAUACUCUCUCCGCGCAACGCGGGCCUCUACCACUCCAACUGUCCUUCCUACUCCACCUAUAGGCAGUCACAAACCAAACUCCAAAAACUUCUCAUGUACAGCUAGUGGCACGCGGGCACAAGAGAAGAGGCAGCAGCAGCACACAGAUGGGUGUUUUGGUCGUCUGGUGCCCCCCAUGAAGCCUAUGUCACAGCGAGACCGCACAUACGCACGAAAGCAUGCUAUUUUCCUUAUUCGUAAUAUAACACGUCAAGAACGGCAUCAUCCAGAAGAGACACAACAGGAGAAGUCUGCAAAGCGAGGUAUUGAUCCAACAGCUUUGGAAAAAGUUCCUGAUAUGCUGUUUAUGAAAGAACUGAAUGAUAGAUCCGUCAAAACCAGGCUAGUGGCUUUGGCAGAAGAGAAUCCUGAACUCCAGCGAAGACAUCGCUUGGCACUUAUCUUAAAUAAAAUCUAUAGUGCUGUUGCCGGUCACAGAGAUGAAGACAGAAAGAUUAUGGCUACCCAGCUAAUGCAGCUUCCCUCACGAAAGCGGUACCCAGAUUAUUACCGCUUGAUCUCAGACCCCAUUGACCUGAGCACCAUUCGCAAUAACAUCAAGCGUGGCCACUACACAGAUCUUGCAACAUUUGAGGCCGAUUUUCUUCGUCUCUUCAAAAAUGUAGAGACAUAUUGCGGAAAGAAAUCCGAGAUGGGAAAGGUCAUAGCUCGUUUGCGGAAAGUCUACCAAACCGCUCGGGCAGAAGCGGUUCCAAAGGUAGAGGAUCUUGCUGGGGAAGGGGCUGCAGUAUCAUCGUCUUGUUCAGAAGUUGAUGUCAUAGACAUGCCAGAAACCAAAGAUCCUGCAGAAGAAGAGGAGGAAGAGGAAGUAAUUCGUUGCAUUUGUGGGGUCUUCCGUGAUGAGGGCUUAAUGAUCCAAUGUGAAAAAUGCCUGAUCUGGCAGCACUGUGACUGUGUGCAAGUCAGUGGCUCAGAAGAGCACUACCUGUGUGAACAGUGUGAUCUUCGAGCAUAUGACAAGGAGAUCAAGCUGAUACCACAACCUGAAGAUGCAGAGAAAGACAGAGAAUACUACAUGACGCUUAUGCGUGAGGAUCUGCAGAUAGCCAUUGGUGAUUGUGUCUACCUAAUGCGGGAUUUUAAACGCAACAGUGUACGAUCAUCUCAGCGUCUUGUGUCCUCUACUAGCCCUGACAAAAUGGAUAUCUUCCGUGUAGAGGAGCUGUGGAAAAACAACAAGGGAGAGCGGUUUGUCAUGGGAACUCCUUAUGUCCGACCUCAAGAAACCUUCCAUGAACCUACAAGAAAAUUCUUCUGCAAUGAGGUGUUCCGGAUGCCAACGUACGAGAUAGCACCACUGGAGCAGGUGGCUGGGAAAUGUGUGGUGAUGGAUCUCAGCACUUACUGCAAGGGCAAGCCUCUGGGUGUUAAGCCUCAGGACAUCUAUAUCUGUGAAUACCGUGUUGACAAAACUGCACACCUGUUCUACAAGAUAGUCAAACAUAGGUACCCAAUAAGUACAAAGUCCUACUGCUUUGAAAGGUACAAGACAAGGCUGAAUCCAAAAAGGACAUUUUCACCACAUGAAAUACCAGAGGAGUACCGCAAGCGUGCCACAAGUGAGCGGCCAAGUAACACUGCCUCUAGCACUGCCAACUCCCGCAAGUCUGCAACAUUGUUGUCUGCAGCAGGUGGUGUAGAUGGCAGUCAGGAGGAGGCUGGGAAGAGCGGGCUGUGUCAGGAGGCUGAUGAAGAAGCAUCAAAUGCCUGUGAUGAGAAGCAGAGGAAUGCAAAGAAAGAGCGAUUAAACAAGCUGCUUGUCAAAAUGCUGGCUGCCAUCCCAGGGAAACAGAAAGUAGAUCUCUCAUAUUUGCUGGAUGGUUCACUGGGAAAGAGACCCCGCAAAAAGACAGCCUCAUUCUCUUGACAAGACUGUUGUGGCAGAAUAUAGCCUUGAUUCUCUCAGUUAAUCGACAGUAUGACUUGUUUAAAACAUUUCAUCCUGGCUUUGUAAGAUGUUCUGUGGCACAGGGUUGACAGAAUCAGCUGAUCAGCAGAUAACAUAGUCGAGAACCCUUUGCCCAUGGUCAUAUUUCUAGGAUGUAAACAUGUCAUGAUAACAAAUAAUGAACAGGUUGAUGAGAAAGUGGAGAACAGUGGAAGUGUAUAAAAAAAAGGGCAGCAGUCAGAAUGUAAAAGCGAAUGAUGGAAGCCAUGAACACUGUGCUACAUGGAUCUUCGUUUUUCUGUUGUUCUGUGUGCUGUAAUGUUGGCAGAGCAAGGAACCAGGCUGUGGUAUUUUUAAUGCAACUACUGACUCACUUGGGGUGCUAGCAAAUGCCCUUCAGAAACUAAAAGCAGCAAAUCUUUUGUGACCAUUUCUCUUUCACUUGCAUACAAAUGACAAGCAAAGGGUAAUAAUCUGUUACUUCAGCAAUCAAAGCCCCAUGUAGGCCAUAAAUACUGACCUGUGCCACAGAUCUUGUCUGGAGGAUCUGCUGUGAACAGAUUGUGCUAAGAUUACUGUGCUUCACAGAGUUGGUCUCCUUAGUGUGGCCAGAGCUGGAAAACAGUUUUGCACCCUUUUUGUCAUUAUGUACUCGAGAAAGAUUUUUGUUUUUAUUUUUAUUCUUUUUUUUUUUUGUUUGUUUCUUUGUUUUGCUUUGUGAUAUAAACAGAAUUUUUACACAGUCUCCCCACAUUUUAAUGUUGUUGUUUUGAUAUUCUCUUUGACACAGAGCCAUGCCAUAACAAAUCUUCAGACCCUAUUUAGAAGCUAUGUGCAUAAUUUGGCAGCAGACACUCAUGCAAGACUUCCCAUGGUGCUUUGUGUGUGUGGCUAACAAAUGCUGUCAGCCAGAGUUCCUCGCCGUGUGUUAUGAAAUCACUUGUUCUGUUUUUCAUUGUGUUUAUCUUGAUGACUGGACAGGCUGAGAAAUGCUUUACUACGGGGCUUUGCAAAGCACUUCAUCUCACUUCGCCUGCUCAUCAUAUUCUACCUGUUACAUGUUGAGGCCAGAUUCUUGAAGAGACAAAGAUGCUGACUUGCUGUAGUUUGCACCAGCAUAAAGUAUACUCCAUUCUUGCCCUGUCCAUAACCUCUGUUGUGAAGUUACUUUAUCAGAAGCUUGUCUUCCCCUCUUCCCACACAUCCUUGCCUCUGAGGCAGUGAGGCAGGUUUGUUGAAUUUAGUCAGAAAUAGAUGUUACAUAUGUGACUAGCAUUUAGUGGUUGCGACCAUGGGCAUAGACCUAGAAUGUCACAAAAAGUUGUGCUGGUCACUAUACAUUUAUAACAUCCAUAGGCCUUGGUCUAGCUGUCACACUGUUAGCAUGUGAAUGCAUGUGGUAGCUGCUUUGGUCACAUGAGCUCAGAUAACAUUUGGCAAAUCUGUGACUGACAUCUUGGCAGCUGCAGCCUUGUUAACACUUGUUGUGGUUGUUGAACAGUGUUGUGUUCCUGCUUGAAUAGUUAACUGUGUCGACAUAAGAAUUGUACAAAGCAGACUUGUCCAAGGAGUUAACCUUCGCUUUACAUAUUUGUGCAUUUAUUUAUGGGAAAUUACUACUAUGUUGCAUUGAACUGACCAGCAUAAGCUUCCACAGUGUCAAUGAAGUAGUUGUAGCAGUCCACGGUGUGGAAUUGAGCUUUACUUUGUCUCCCCCCCCCCCUUUUUUUUUUUAAUUUAAACUGUUGAUACUAAUUUUUUUAAAAUUCUUUGUGGUUGUUUUAUGAAGCUUGCUUAGCACUGUCGUGUUAAGAGUUAUGUCUUUCACUAGUACCCUGCUAUAAAGUACAUUUAAAUAUACAAACAUAAAUUAGUACUUCAGUGUCUUUUAAUAUGGCUGUACGUGUGCACUAUCUCUCUUUUUUUCCUACUCCAGUGCACACAUGCAUGUGCAACAGUAAGAUCUGGUGUGUAUCAGAUCUCAAAGUCUGAAAGAACAAUUCCCCAAAACUAUAAAAAUAUGAAAUUUCCAGUUCCCCCAUAAAUUGCAUCAAAACAUGGUGGAUGUCCUUGGUGCUGCUUUUGACUCCUAAUCACCAUCCUGAUGCUGACCUUCACCAAUCCCAGUCCCAUGGUAAAUACACUCAUACAUUUUCAGGGAGAAAGUGGCAAAAUUAACUAGCUUCCUACCAGCCCCUAAUCUGUCAUGUUGCUUGCAGAAUAGGGGAAUGAAUCUUCAAAUUACCCAGCUUCACUUUUUAGGCAUAUGUCCAUUUCUCAUGAAUACUUGCAUGCAUGAGGAAGAACAGAAAGUACUAUCCUUUUAUGUUUGUUGGUUUAGAAAUGCUGUUAGUCUUGUGAUAUUCCUUACCAAUGCCAUACUGCAUAGCACUCUUUUCUUGCUCUCUUUUAUGAUGCCUUUUAUUCGUAUUGUUUUCGUUGUGAAGUUGUAUAUACACUUUAUCACAUUUCCUGUUAUUGUGCUUUGUUGUAGUGAAAACCACAUUAAUAGUGUAAUAUACUUACUAUAACCACAGGUAGCUUUUGUGGGUUUUCUUUUAAAAACUUGUUUACAUAUCAUUUUAUAGCUAAGGAAGCAGAUCCCUUGCACAAAGCAUGAGGACAUUUUUUAAAGGCUAAGAGUUUGUUGAUUAAAACUGCAUGAUGGUUAUGGAGUAAGGGUUAAUAUUAUGCAGUAUGUUUUAACCCCUUUACACUACUGCAUCUUAUUUAUUUUUGCAUGCCUGAAAGAUGAGAUCAGCGAAACUUAAAUCCACCUGCAAUAGGCUGCAUAUAAAACCAUUUUUUCAGACAGGUGUUGUGUUUAUAACAGGUCUCUUAGUCCCAGAGAUUGUGAAAAGGAACAUGACAUGUCAACAGCUUGUGUUGUGUCCUAGUUACUCUGUAUAGAAGACGGUUUGAUGGCUUAUAUUUAGGGACAUGGUUGAUUGGCAAAAUUAGUUGAUUUAUUAAGGGAAAUGUUUCAUGCUUUAAAGAGGGGAAUCCUUUGCUUGAUGCAACUUCAAGGAUCUCAGAAUGUUGAGCCUCUCUGAUUAGGUACAGCUGCCGUGAAAACUGGCCUUGAAACCUGCAAAAUACUGGCACACUGGUGAUCAGCCAGCUAAACAGCAGCUCCCAUGCAGCAGAUAUUUUAUCAUGAAAUUUCAGAAUACUCUGUGCCUUGUUGAAGGCAAGUUGAUACAUGGAACAAAAUCGGCACAUUACCUUGAUCUUUUGCUUACAGCCUGAGUCAUUAACUGUAUGGUUGUGUUUCUUGCUGAUCCUAAUGAGUAUUUGGCAUGUAGUUCUCUGGCUUUGUCAGUGUUGCUGUGCCACAACAGUUGGAGGUGAAUGAUCUUUAAGUUUUAAUUUUAAGGAGAGUUUGGGAUUAUUUGGCAGAGUAUUUUUUAGGAAAUGUGAUGAUCAUAGUGACUUGUUUGCAUAUCAGAAUGAUAGUGCACAGUUUUGGGUGUUUACAGGGUCUGCCAGCACUUAGUUGGACAAGGAUCUGAAAAUGGAUUACUGCAUCACUCGUACACUUGUCACUUGUGUGUGACUGAAUUCAAAAAUGAAAACAAAAAA